GUCUCCGGGAUAAGGAGUGAAGUUGCUUCACUAUCAGUUACUGUCCUUGGAGGGUGGGAAUGGGCUUGAGCCCUGUUGUUAAGUGACUGUCUCUUGGCUUGGAACUGACUCUGUGUCCCGCUGUCAAUGACAGAUCCUGCCCCAAUAGAAUAGAUUGUCUGGCAUUAAUCUGGAAAAUGAGGUCAACACAUUGGGACUUUCCUUUGGAGCUUUGUUGCCGGCCCAUGGCUUUUGUAGCCCUUACAGGCCUUGAUGUGACUUACAAUGCUGUACAUCGAGCCAUUUGGGACGCAUUUUGUGCCAAUAGGCGGGCUGACAGAGUUCCUAUAUCAUUUAAAGUACUUCCUGGAGAUCAUGAAUACCCAAAAUGUAGACAAAAGAGGACUUCUUAUGAGUGGUACAUUCCAAAAGGAAUCCUUAAAACAGGCUGGAUGAAUAAACAUCUAAACCUUGUGCCUGCACUAGUGGUGGUCUUUUAUGAACUGGACUGGGAUGAGGCACAGUGGAAAGAAAAACAGUCUGAGUGUUCCACCAGAGUCGAAAUUGUCAGGCAAAGUUUACAGGGAAGAAACACAAAGGUUGCUGUAGUUCUGAUACAGAAGAAAACUCCGUUACCUCCAGGUGAGGACUUGAUUGCUUCAGAAAGAGCAGCAGCACUGUGCAAUGCCUGUGACCUAUCGGGAAAGUCUUUAUUUGUGCUCCCGCACACAGAUCAUCUAGUGGGAUAUAUAAUAAGGCUAGAGAAUGCUUUUUAUGAACAUGCACAGACGUAUUACUACACAGAGAUCCGGAGAGUUAAAUCACAUAAAGAGUUCUUGAAUAAAACCACUCAUCAGCUCUUAUUUGUGAGACAUCAGUUCAAAACGGCUUUCUUCAGUGAAUUAAAGCAAGAUACACAAAAUGCAUUGAAAAACUAUAGAACAGCAUAUAACCUUGUACAUGAACUUAGAGCCCAUGAGACAAACAUGCUUGAAAUCAAGACUAUGGCUGGAUUCAUCAACUAUAAGAUCUGUCGUUUAUGCUUCCAGCACAAUGCUCCAUUGGAUGCCAUCGCCCAGUUUCGUAAACAUGUGGAUUUAUGCAAAAAGAAGAUAGGAAGUGCAGAAUUGGCAUUUGAGCACGCUGCUUGGAUGUCUAAACAAUUUCAAGCAUUUGGGGAUUUGUUUGAUGAAGCCAUUAAACUUGGUCUUACGGCAAUUCAAACCCAGAACCCUGGAUUCUAUUACCAACAGGCAGCGCAUUAUGCUCAAGAACGCAAACAAUUGGCAAACCAACUCUGCAACCAUGAUUCGUCUACCACCUAUCCUAGUCCUGACCCAUUGGAGACCCCUUCCGGAGUAAUGGACUUUUUUGGGCAAAGACCUUGGCGGCAAAGUCAUCAAAGUAUUGAACCACCAGACCCUGAGAAAGAGAAAGUUGGCAUUUUGGCACUUCAGCUCAAAGAGCGUGAUGUUGACCACUCAGAACUGAUAAUUACACUCUUGAGUAAUGCAGUGGCUCAGUUCAAGAAGUACAAAUGCCCUCGAAUGAAGAGCCAUUUAAUGGUUCAAAUGGGCGAGGAGUAUUAUUAUGCAAAGGAUUACAGCAAAGCACUGAAGUUGUUGGAUUAUGUGAUGUGUGAUUACCGUAGCGAGCGCUGGUGGAAGCUGCUUACCUUCAUUUUGAGCACUGCUCUCAAGUGUGCCUACCUGAUGGGUCAAAUCAAAGAUUACAUCACCUAUUCUCUGGAACUACUUGGGAGGUCAUCCACACUAAGUGAUGAACAGAAAUCUCGUGUAGAAAAGAACCUGAUCAAAGUGUUGAUGAAUGAGAGCCCAGCUCCAGAGCCUGACUGUGAUUCCAAGGCCAUCAAAACUGCUCAGAAAGUAUGGGCAGAUCGUAUUUCUUUAGCUGGAAGUAAUGUAUUUACUAUUGAAAUGCAAGAUUAUGUGCCAUUUGUUGAAUGUAAAGCUCGGUUCUUGGCUCCAAGUUUCCAUAUUGAUGACCCUGUACAACUUCAUGUAUAUUUGCGAGCUGACUGCCCUCAUCCAUUCCGAUUUUCAAAGCUCUGUGUCAGCUUUAAUAACCAGGAGUACAACCAGUACUGUGUGGUAGAAGAAAUCUAUCAAACAUCUGACAUUCUGGAAGCCUCGUCCCAGGGCACCAUGUGCUUAGUUCCUGGUAAAACUAGACAAUAUGUAUUCAAAUUCGUUGCUAGGACUGAAGAUGUUGGAAAGAAGGUGGAGAUUACAUCUGUAGACCUUGUGCUUGGUACUGACACUGGUAGGUGUGUGAUACUGAACUGGAGGGGUGGUGGGGGCGAUGCUGCAUCGUGCCAGGAGGCCUUGCAAGCCAGUCGAUCCUUUAAACGACGACCAAAGCUGCCAGAUAAUGAAGUGUGCUGGGACAGCAUUACAAUACAAGCAAGCACUAUGGUGAUUUCUCGAGUUCCAAGAUUAUUGGUACAUUUGCGCCAUGAGCCACCUACAUUGACCAAUGAAAUGUAUUGCUUAGCAAUCACUGUUCAGUCAGAAGAGGUCACCACUGCAAGGGAUGUGAAGCUCACAGCGGGUUUAAAACCAGGUCAGGAUGCCAACCUCACUCAGACAACUCACAUAACCCUUGAUGGUACUGAAAUGUGUGAUGACUCUUGUCCUGCUUUGAUGCCAGAUAUUCCUGUUGGAGACUUGCUCCCAGGGGAAAAGGUGGAGAAGCCUCUUUACAUCAGAUGUGGACAAGUUGGAACAAGAGUUUUUUUGGUUCAUGUCUCUUAUGUUGUUACUACAGUUGUUGAAGGCAAGGAAAUCAUUUGCAAAUGUCAUAAGGAUGAGACCAUCACUAUUGAAACAGUGGUUCCAUUUGAUGUUACUGCAAAGUUUGUUUCUACAAAAUUUGAACACAUGGAUCGGGUGUUUGCAGAUAUUCCAUUCCUUUUGAUGAUGGACAUCCUGAGUGCAUCUCCAUGGGCACUCACCAUUGAAACCAGUAAGCUAGAACUUGCACCUUCCAUGACUUCAGUUGACCAGAUGGAAUCGCAGUUGGCACAAGUGAUUUUACAGACGGGAGAAAGUGCCAGUGAAUGCUUCUGUCUGCAGUGUCCGCCAGCACCAACCAAUCAGAGUGGAGUUCCUUCAGGUCGUUAUAUCAUCUCCUGGAAAAGGACCUCUGCUGCUAAAAGUGUACCUGUUGUCAACACGGUGAUUACAUUGCCACAUGUAAUUGUGGAGGCAAUUCCACUCUAUGUUCAUGCAGAUCUUCCUUCAUUUGGCAGAGUUCGAGAGUCAUUGCCAGUCAGAUAUUGGUUACAAAAUAGGACCAAACUAGUGCAGGAUGUGGAGAUUUUUGUGGAGCCCAAUGAUGCAUUCAUGUUUUCUGGUCUUAAACAGAUCCGGUUAAGGAUUCUUCCAGACACUGAACAGGAGUUAUUGUACAACUUCUAUCCCCUCAUGGCUGGGUACCAACAGCUCCCAGGUCUCAAUAUAAGCUUGCCCCGGUUUCCUGCAGUCUCCAACCAGCUAUUGCGCAGGUUCCUGCCCACACACAUUUUUGUAAAGCCACAGGGUCGACAAGCGGAUGAAGUAAUUGUUGUAGCUGCCUGACUGAGAACCUAUUUUGAAGAAUAAAACUUGCAAGUUUUGCAGCAAAAAAACGAAGUGGAUAAACCAACACACUUGUUCAUGGGUGUACAAAAUGAAAUGGCCAUUUGAAUUGGGGCUGCAGUAUUUACAGCAGUUAAAUAUUUGACUGCCCAAAGUCGUACUUGCAUACAAGCAGUCAUAAACAGUUAAUAUUUCAAGUUGCUGAAAUUAGUGUUCUGGAAACAAGUGUAGAUUGAUGAUGAACCCAGAAUUAUUUUGAGAAUGGAAUGACAUAAUUGAGCUUUGUAUUGUUCAAGUUCGGUGAGAAAUGAUCUUAGUGUUUGACAAUACUUAUUUUUAUUCUGUUGUAAAUUUUCCAUUUAUUGUCAUCAUGCAGCCGUGAUUGACUAUUUGACAGGAGGAGCUGCUACAAAAUAUCUUUCA